AUGGCGGAUUCCCCCGGACAGAGUAUCACUCAGUCAGGGGGACAUCCUCCAUCAGGAUCCCCAAUGGCUCCAGUUAGCCGUUUGGCGCUUGAACGGUCUUGCUUGUCACGCCAGCUCUGUUCCACAGGGGUGAUCAACAUAAUUCAAGCAUCUCGCCGUCCCUCCACUAACCGAAUUUACGAGUCCUCAUGGCGGAAUUUCCAAUCCUGGUACUCCAGGAAGCAGUUGUCACUUGCUCAAAUCACUAUUCCCCAUAUUUUGGAAUAUCUUUUGGAGGGCCUGGAGAGGGGGCUAGCUCCGAACACGUUACGCAGGCAGGUAGCUGCUCUAUCCACAGUUCUAUCAUGCGAUUCUGUAGAGUCCUUAGGGCGUCAUCCUUUGAUUAGAUCUUUCCUCAAGGGAGCGGCGAACACCAGGCCGCCCACGGUACAUAGGUACCCGUCUUGGGACUUGCCGAGGGUGCUUCGGGCCUUGACAAGGCCGCCUUUCGAACCCAUGAGAUCGUGUGACCUUCAACACCUUGCCCACAAGGUGGCCUUUUUAGUGGCGAUCACGUCGGCUCGGCGUAUCUCCGAGCUGGCGGCGCUCUCGGUCCGCAAGGACCUGUGUUUUUUCCGUUCAGACAGGGUGGUCCUCCGUCUCGACCCUACCUUCAUACCGAAGGUAAAUUCAACAUUCCAUAGGAACCAGGACAUUGUACUCCCGGACUUUUGUCCGAACCCUUCGUGUGCCCAGGAGCGACAAUGGCAUAGCUUGGAUGUCCGCAGGGCGCUCAGUUAUUACAUCUCACGAACAGCGGAUCUCCAGAGAGCUAUUGCAAAACACGAAGUUCGGGAAAUAGAGCAGCGCCAUACAGUAGAUGGCUCUCGAUCAGAUCUAAUCCCAGAUGAAGACGAUGAUGUAGUGAUCAUUUACAAUCGAGUACCUAAAACUGCAAGUACAUCUUUCACAAACAUUGCAUAUGAUCUUUGUGCGAAGAAUAAGUAUCAUGUUCUUCAUAUCAACACAACCAAAAACAAUCCUGUUAUGUCUCUACAAGAUCAAGUACGUUUUGUGAAGAACAUAACUUCAUGGAAAGAGAUGAAACCAGGAUUUUAUCAUGGACAUAUAUCUUUCUUGGAUUUUGCAAAAUUUGGUGUUAAAAAGAAACCAAUAUACAUCAAUGUCAUAAGAGAUCCUAUAGAACGGCUGGUUUCUUAUUAUUACUUCCUGCGCUUUGGUGAUGAUUACAGGCCUGGACUCCGAAGGCGAAAGCAAGGGGAUAAAAAAACCUUUGACGAAUGUGUGGCAGCUGGAGGCUCAGAUUGUGCUCCUGAGAAACUCUGGCUUCAGAUACCAUUUUUUUGUGGGCAUAGCUCUGAGUGUUGGAAUGUGGGAAGCAGAUGGGCUUUGGAACAAGCCAAAUACAACUUGAUUAAUGAAUAUUUCCUAGUGGGAGUUACUGAAGAGCUUGAAGACUUCAUUAUGUUGCUGGAGGCAGCUUUGCCUCGCUUCUUCAGGGGUGCUACAGAAUUAUAUCGAACAGGUAAAAAGUCUCACCUUAGGAAAACAACGGAGAAGAAGCUCCCCUCAAAAGAAACCAUUGCAAAGCUCCAGCAGUCUGAAAUCUGGAAAAUGGAGAACGAGUUCUAUGAAUUUGCCCUUGAGCAAUUUCAGUUUGUCAGAGCCCACGCGGUUCGAGAAAAAGACGGAGAGCUAUACAUUCUGGCACAAAACUUUUUUUAUGAAAAGAUCUACCCCAAAUCAAACUAAAGACGAUGCAUAUUUUUAGGUGAAGAAAGCAAACCUUGUGAUCACAUCCUUGUUCUCGGCGCCAAUUUGUAGAUGAUUGAUAAAUCCACUCAAGUGCUUUGAUCUUGAGCUCGGUAGAGUGCACUGCGUGUCGCUGGAGGAAGACAGCUGAAGACUAGAGACCUUGAUCAUCUCUAAGUUUUAAGCUUUGGUUUCUUUAAUAUUCUGAAAGAAGGUUAUUACGUAGACCUUGCACAAAGGUUUACAGAAAUUAAGCACAUACCAGUUGUAGCUGAAGCUUAGGUGAAAGACUUCCUUUUAUUGUCUUCUCGAUUCAUAGGGCAGUUUCUUUUACUUAAUGCAGUGCAGUUCAAGAUGGAGAUUUGGGUUGUAUACACUUACGAAUAAUAUAAAUAACUGGCUGACAUUUGUGCUUUGUUCUUGUGAAUUCAUAUCACAUGACAUUCGUUGGAAUGUUCACCUCCUAAGAAGUGACGCAGCUGGACGUUCCCGAAUUUAUAAAUAAUGGAUUUUCAUUUUAAGAAGUUAGAACUGGUCAUCAGUGUGGUUUUUUUUUUUUUAAAAAAAAUCAAAAUUCUAUAGUAAUAUUGUAAAAAGGCUGAAAAUCACUCAGUGUUUCUUUAAUAUCUUUUGAACCUCCAUCUUACAUUGGAAAAACUGUUAAGUUAGGUUUUGCCUACACUUCAAUGUAAAACGGAUAAUGGAUUCUGUAUCAAUGUUCCAUGAAUUCUUUGUAUUUUUAACAACUACUGGCAAAUCCAUAUUCUGACUCAAAUAGUGAGCCUGUGGUAUGGUUAGGGUUUUCCUAUUUAGAUACUUUUACCAGUAGAAUAUUUUUACUAAGGUCCUUUACAAUGUGUUUUAAAGUAUUGCAUUUGCAAAAGGAGAAAACAGCUGUAAAUAAUGCGUAUUUUAUGUAUUUGGACCAAAAGGUUAGAAGUAAAUUGUUUAAAGUGUCUUUGCACCAAUUUUGUUGGAUGAAAAGUAAAAACAACCCGAUUUGCUUUUCCAAUCCCCACUUAGAAUUGACAGUUGGACAUCACUGAAACAUACUUCAGUGAUCUCAACAAAUUUAAAUAUACAGUGUGUCUGCCCAGGAUCUCUUUUUUCAGAAAAAACAACUUAAUCUUCAUCUUUUUAUCAUGACUAAAAGAAAACAAGCAUGUGGCCUGGCCAAGAGAGAUAUGAAGAAAUUGAUGUCAGUGUAUUCAUUGAACGGCCUUACAUUACUUAGUAAAAUUGCAUUUGCUGCAGUUAGCACCUUACAACAUAAAUAAGAUUCUUUAGCAAUUAACAUUCUGAAAUGCUAUAUUUUAAACAAAAAUCAAGAACAUUUGCAGUUCUUAAAAUUCCCUGUUGGUGCACAAUUCUUGAUUUUUUAAAAAAAAAAAUAGCAUUAAGGUUUGAAGAUUUUUAAAAAGUUAAAAAAAUAGCUUUUGAAUUUCACAUUCAGUAGAGUGCUAGAAGUGUAGCUGUAUCAAGAGGAAAGUGUCUCUAUAGACAAAACAGGUUCUAUCUAUAAUUGAAUGUUUUAAUGCCAAAAACAUGAUACUGUUAUAAUAAGGUAAUGAGACUGUUAAGUAAAGCUUUUACCUUU